UUGGCGUUGUAUAAAGCAGCAAGCAAAUAAAUGAUGUGUGAAAGGAAGCAGGCUACUCCCGAGACCAGCGACGACUACGUGACACCCAGCAGCUAUGAGCUGGACAAAAUCCUCAACCGUGGCUGCCCGGCCUACACUCCUUACAGCGAGGUGUGGCCUCAGGUCUACAUUGGCGACGAGGACUCAGGAAAGGACAAGCUGAGGCUGAAAAGGCUGGGCAUUACGCACGUCUUGAACGCAGCAGAGGGCACGUGGAACAACGUGGACACCGGAGCUGGUUACUAUGGCGACAUGGGCGUGGUCUACCAUGGCGUGCUGGCGGCAGACACUCCGACCUUCGACCUAAGCCAGUAUUUUUUCUCUGCAGCCCAGUUCAUUAAAGAGGCACUAAGCGACCCCCGCAACAAACUGCUGGUUCACUGCGUGAUGGGAAGGAGUCGCUCAGCCACGUUGUUCCUCGCCUAUCUGAUGAUUUACCAGGACAUGACGCUGGUGGACGCCGUAGAGCACGUAAAGACACGCAGGAGGAUCAUGCCCAACUGGGGCUUCCUGAAGCAGCUGAGGGCGCUGGACGAGCAUCUACUGCAACAGCGGAAAGAAGAGAGUCAGCAAACAGAGAGAGAUGAGACACAGUCAAGAUGAGGGUUGGAAAAAUAAAAAUAAAAAAGGGAU